UUUGCAUCAGUACAACAUAUCCUUCAAGUACUGAAUCGGAUUUAUAGCCUGCUAUAGCUCCUAGCUUUAAAAACUCAGAGCCAUGCUUUCCAGUGAGAUUUCAGGAUUCCACUACCUGACUACACCUGAAUACCAGAUUCCGAAUCCUGCAAAUUUUGGUAAUAUUAUCAUGCAGGAUAACGUACCUUCCUCCUUCCAAUUCAAUGGCGCAUCCCUCUUCAGCAACUUAUAUCACACACAAGUCCCUGCUCCGGGACAUGAUCAGUUGUUCGCUACUCCAGUGCAAUCCUCGAGUCUCAGCAACAACUCUAGUACCUCCGAUGAAGCUGAAGAACAAGUGCAGCAGCUGAGCAACAUCAUUGAUCAAAGGAAGCAGAGAAGAAUGAUAUCAAACAGAGAAUCAGCUCGCAGAUCACGGAUGCGGAAACAGAAGCACUUGGAUGAGCUCUGGUCACAGGUGCUUCGGCUCAGAACCGAAAACCAGAACCUGAUAAACAGGUUGAAUCAUUUGUCCGAGAGCCAUGACAGGGUUGUUGAGGAGAAUGCCAAGCUCAAGGAAGAAACUUCAGAUCUUCGUCAGAUGCUCACCGAGAUCCAGAUUAGCACCUUAACGUCGACAGAGCUGGAAGUAGAGUUGCCCUGCAGCACAACUUCAGGCACUGACUUGCUCCAUUGAGAUGAGAUCACUAAUAUCACUGUUCUAGCUAAGCUCUCCAUUAUAAUUAGCAGCUACGUACUUGCGUUCCUUUUGUUUAUUAUAUAAUUGCUAAUUGUCUGUUUUUCCUUUCAUCGCUUUAUUGUAUGGUAGAGUAAAAAACAAAAGCCGUGCAGGAACGCACUUAACAAGCGAUGAUACCAUGCAUCUUAUCUGCAGAACUUGGC